CACAAAAGUCCGAUUCCCCUCCAAAAAAAAUGUUACCCAUCCUGACAUCGACUUCAAUACCAUGAGAACGCACGAUUAGAACAGAACAAAACAUUUCGGGCACUUCCAGUGGUUCUAUCAAAAAUGGCAAAGACAGCAAAAGCCAAACAAAAUCCUAAAGCCAACCCACGAUCUCGAGCUGCAAAGAGAGCCACUUCUCCCUCUAUAAACACCGACAAAUCACUCAAAGACGGUCCUCGAGCCUCCGACGCCACGCCCAUGUUAUCUGCCAAACCCUACGCAGGAAUCACCAAGGCCAAAAAGAAACAGAAACAGUUAACUCGUGGACAGCGCAAAAGGCAAGAGAGAGGAUUAGACCGGGCUGUGGUCGUGCAAGAUCAAUUGGUCAAGAAAGUCGGAGAUGCGCAGAAGCGACAGAAGAAAAUCCGCGAGAGAGCAGGACUGUGGGAAGACACCAAUGGACGGAUCAAUCCCUUUGACAAAUUGGCCAGCAAUGCAUUUGCUGAAGAAAACAAUGAUGACCAUGGCGGAUCGUGGGAGGAUGAAGAGAUGGACGAAGUCCAAGACGGCACUACCGAUGUGAAAAUUGUGAACGGUGUCAAACUGCCUGCCUCAGCCGCUAUAACACAGCUGGUUGUGGUCGAUCGAACUGCCUCUGGUCAUAAUACCGACACCGAUAAUGACCUGGACAACAUCACCUGAAUGACCUGGCGCCCUAGUCGAACCCCUCGUUCUCGAUCAUUUUCGCGGUCUCAACUGAGUGAUCAUCCUCUCAAUCUCGACAAGCUGCUGUCCAUUCGCCUUGUCACGAAGCAGUUCCAGCGCAUUCAAAUCUUUGGACUUGACCGCUUCUUCGCCUGCUUUGGAAAUCAGUCCACACUUGACCCACAUCUCAAUCCGCUCAGAUGGCUGUAGGUUGGUGCACUUCGGUAUGAAAGAUGCGGCCAGGCGGGUAUUUCCAGCUCCAAGGACUUCAUUAUAGAACGGCUGGGCAGAAACGGUCAGCAUGUCCAACAGCCAGCUCUCUUACACAGACGACACUUACCUCCCAUCCAAUUGGAGAUUUCUUGUUCUUACCAACCUCCUCCAAUUCGCCCCAGAGGCGAGCCGCUGUCAACGCCCGAAGACGGAUCCACCACCACGUUUUCUCCGGCACCUUGAAGUCGCCCUGGACUUUGACCGCCCUCUUGCUGUAACCUGACUUAAUCAGGCGAAACAUGGUCUCGUUGACACUAAGACCAACAUAACUCCCACUACCGUCGGAGACGUCCUUGUCAAAUGCCUCUUGCAUCUUGACUAGUUGUGUCGCUUCCGUCAAUCCUUUAGAGUGCAUCAAUGCUGUGGGAUCCUUUGCAUCCGUCAUUAUUCUGAGCGCAAGUCUAAGCUUGUCGAUGAUCGCUUGUACUUGGGGCUGUUGCAUUGCUUCUUCCAAGAGCAGGUUGGAUCCUUCCACAGGUCGGUCGUCCUGAUAAUAAAGGUCCUUCAGUAACUCCUUGUCUUGUGCUCUUGCUGAACUUUCCACGAGCGCCGCAGCGACAGGCCUUUCACUGACCGUCCGGAAAAAAGCGGCCAGCGGGUAUUUUUUCUUGAGUUGUAAGAGCACAAAAUAGACCAGGUCUGUGUCGCCAGACUCGAUAGCUUUGUUCAAC